AAAGGUCGUGUACUUACUGAGCGGAACACAGAUUGCCAUGAUCUGUUGGCUAAAGUUAGCCUUGCUAACAUAACCUCGUGUGCUGCUAGUGAGAGCUAAAACAGUAACUAUCCAUUAACGUGUAGAAAAACGUUCAGACCCAAGUAAAAAAAAAAAAUUCUGCUAACUAGGCAUUCACUAACGCUAUCUUAGUGAUUAUCACGGUUAGUUAUCACUGAAUUUUAGGCAAAAUACAUGUAGCUAUGAGUAAUGUAAUCAAAUGACCUUAAUCGUUCUAGAAAUUGCCUGAUUAUGUUGCUCUUGAAGACGCAUACUUGCAGAUUUAAUUUUGGAGCUCACCAGUGGACCAAAGUAACGUUAAUUGAAUAGUUGCAUAUUUGUUUGAAUGCUCUAAUUUCUCUUGCCUGAUUAAGUGGUGUAUAAUUGUACAAUAAUACGUAUUUAUAAAUGGUCUUGACUCGAUAGCAAGGGAUUUUUUUGUCAAUCAGCUUAAUUAAUAUUACCCUUGGAUAUAAAUCAUUUCUUAGUAGUCUCUUGUAGAAAUCAACACGAAAAAUUUGCCCAAUGUGCUCACUUACCGAAUGUUUACCAUUGUGUCCUUGUUAAUUGUAAUGGGGUUUCUUUAUCUACUUAAUAAAGUGAUUUUGAACACAUUAUAAAUAAUUCGGCCUAUUCCAAAUGAUGACACAUGACAAUGUGCUCGAUUGUUGUAUGUAGCCUGGUUGAAAUUAGUUCUCAUUGAGUGUAAGUUUCUGAUCUUACAAAUGAAACAGAUUAAUGUAAGCGUCUGUUGAAACCAGUCAGUAAAAAGUCUUGUGUUGCCAGCAUUUCCAGUAUUGCAUCAAUGAUUAGGUAGGUUAUUGCUCGACUGCUGACAUUGUUUAAUCUAGAAUCCUUAAUUUUGCUUGGACAGUUGUUGCUCUUAAAAUUACUAUUCCAUACAUGCAAGUAAAAGCGGUGUACUGUAGAGACCUAAUUGUAAGCACACCAAAUAUGGUAGUUGCUUGUUUUUUUUUUAAGAUGUUUGCUUCAUCUCUGACUUGUGAUUUGAAAUGCAAAUUUACUGUGGAAGGGGAAGUGGGUGUGAUUUUGUUUACAGUGAUGUCUGAAAUGUUGUGAAUGUAGUUGAGCUGAAUAUAUUUGUUCAAAAUGUCAUUGCAGUAGUAAGCAUGUCCGGGGUUAACACUAACUGUUGCCUGAUUGCUGGGGGGCCAAAACUACAUUUUCAGUAAAACCAUAUUCAGUACCUGUGCAUUAGCGGUUCACAACAAAAAGCAAUCCUCACUCUUCCUAAAUUCCCUUUUCACUUUCACUCAUUCAAUUGUCUUCUGGCCACUCUGUCUAUACAUGCAUGAUGAAUCAAGUCAAACUUCUUUUAGGCCAACAAAUUAAAUAAAUGCCAAAAAAGUGUCUAACUGAUCGCCUUUCAGUUUUACCGCAUUCUAACUAGACUGGCGAACAAAGAUGGGAAAUAGUGAACUAUGUUCCUCCCAGUAGCUAGUUUUGGAUUAAACUUGUGUCCUGUCCUUUUCCCGCUAAUAAGCGAUGCCAUAGAAUAUUAAAUUUUAAUUGUUCAGUCUAACUUUUGUUGCUUUUAAUUUGCUAUGUUUAUCACACCUGUGUUUACCUGGUGUGCUGAUGGUGUACAGCUACUCCAACAGCUUUUUGAAGCCUAAAGAGAAAUAUGCUCUUAUAAGCAUAGUCAUUACGCAACCAUUCCACACUUUGAUCCUCAGUUAAAAUGAUUCCAGCUAAUAUUGAGGAAAUUAGUGUAUUAUGGACUUAUUGUUGGGUAAAAGCAUUCUUUAGUAAAAGCAUGAUGCAUAGGAGGAAAGCUUUCUGCCAUCUUUAACUGUCCUGUGUAUUUUGUUUUGCUAAUAGACAUGGUUGUAAAUACAGUUGGUUAUGAUACAUUGUUGAAGGGGUUAAAAAGGGUAUUUCUAAAGCCUUUUUAUUUAGCAGCAAUGCACGGCAAAGAAAUAUUGCGUAAUAAGUGUUCUGGCAGAUGAAAUUACUUUCUCAAAUUCCUUAACAAUUAAGUUGACUGGCUGCAAGUUGCCUAUGCCAACCUGAUAUCCUGAUUUAUUCCAUCAGUCCGUUGUCUUAUAGCGAACUCCAUCACUGAAACAGCUCUAAAAAACAGUGCAUUUAAACUAAGGGGUAACUACGCCCGCAACUGGCAAUCAUAAAUGUAAAGAAAAAUGUGGGGGGGUUGGAAAUAAUUUUUUCUUUGCCUCUAUCAACUUAAUGUCUAUUUGAGGUUUUAAUGUUGCUAUAAGCAGUCUUCUAACAGAAGGCAUUUGACAUGUGAGCUGUGUGCAAUAGACACAGCAUGGAACCUGUUCUUACCCUAUGGGCGUGUGCUGUUGGAGGCUCAUGUAAAACAUCUUCAUUUGUGUUAGGAUAGUUGGCCUUGACUGUGUGGGUUAUAAUCUGGAUGGAAAGGUGCUCUAAGAGCACCGCAGAUGCUGCUCACAUCCUUUGUAUGUAAAUCUACUUGUGCAGUUUUUGCCGUUCACAAACACAAAUUUAACAGCAUUCUGAAUGACUGCUUUUGAUAUAAUGUGCAAACCAUGGAACAUGGCCAGGAAGAAUAAUGUCACAUAACCAGGAUGCAUAUUGUUAAUUCAGCUGUUUGAAUGUGACAGACUUUAGUCUCAGCCACUACCAGCAAUCUUGGGAGACACCCUCAAAGCACUUCCUGCCCCGUAACACAGUGCCUGCCCAAUCAGGAAAUGUGCCAGAACCACACAUUGGGGUAGAGCAAUACUUGUUGGCGCUUUACUUUUCUCCUAGUGGCUAGAUUAGUAUGUUGCAAGAGAACCCCUUGCGACUGUCAUAACUUGGAUGAUACUGAGACAUUUUGCACCUCCGGUUUCAGUCGGUAUUGUGCAACCUGUGGUAGAACGUUGAAUGUCUAACGGUAAAACAUUUUUUAGACCUACUGCAAACAUUUAUCAAAGUGGUGUUUAGGAGUGCAUGGGUUAUUGCAUGUAUUUCAGAAUACGUGUUCCAUCACAGAAUUGCAUGGAGAUGCCCACUGAAAUUCUCUAGCCUCCAUAUUGGAAAUUAGUGUUGUCUGUCAGGUUUGUCUAUAAAAUGUUUACUGUCACUUGUAGUGUUUUGUCAUAGUGUUGCUCUCUUUGUUUUAAAUUGUGGUUUUGGCCAGCCUGCUGUGCAAUGUUUGCUUGGGCACGGUAGUUUGACUGAACACAAGGUACAUUUAGCCUUUGACCCUUGCUAGAGAUUGACAGAUGGUCAUGGUUUUAAUUUUUCAAUGGGUAUUUUCAAAUUGAAGAGGUCGGUACAGAAGCACAUUCAAAAUUCUGUGUUCAAUGUUUUUCAGUCAUAGAAAAUAAAUGAAUACAGAAUCCUCAGCAAGAAGUAGCUUUUUCAUGAGAUGACAACAAAUCUGGCUAGCAACCAUAAAAACAUGACUAAGGAUCGGUCACCAUGGCGACGGACAUUAGCUCCCCACCACGGUUCUUCCACAUGCCGCGGUUCCAGCACCAGGCGCCGCGGCAGCUCUUCUACAAGCGGCCCGACUUUGCCCAGCAGCAGGCCAUGCAGCAGCUCACCUUCGACGGCAAACGCAUGCGGAAGGCUGUCAACCGCAAAACCAUUGACUACAAUCCAUCGGUCAUCAGACACCUGGAGAAUCGUUUGUGGCAGCGCGACCACAGAGAUUUCCGUGCCAUCCAACCCGAUGCGGCGUGCUACAAUGACCUGGUUCCACCUGUGGGCAUUUUGAGUAACCCCAUGAACGCAGUCACUACAAAGUUUGUCCGAACUUCCACCAACAAAGUCAAGUGCCCCGUCUUUGUCAUAAGGUGGACCCCUGAGGGGAGGCGACUUGUGACCGGAGCUUCCAGUGGUGAGUUCACCUUGUGGAACGGACUCACCUUCAACUUUGAGACCAUCUUACAGGCCCACGAUAGCCCUGUGCGUGCAAUGACCUGGUCUCACAAUGACAUGUGGAUGCUGACGGCCGACCACGGCGGCUACGUCAAGUACUGGCAGUCCAACAUGAACAACGUCAAGAUGUUCCAGGCUCACAAGGAGGCGAUUAGAGAGGCCAGUUUCUCACCUACGGAUAAUAAAUUUGCCACUUGCUCUGAUGAUGGAACCGUACGCAUCUGGGACUUUCUACGAUGUCAUGAGGAGAGAAUUCUCAGAGGUCACGGAGCUGAUGUGAAGUGUGUCGAUUGGCACCCCACUAAAGGCCUGGUGGUCUCUGGGAGCAAAGACAGCCAGCAGCCAAUCAAAUUCUGGGAUCCCAAGACCGGGCAGAGUUUGGCCACACUUCACGCCCAUAAGAACACUGUCAUGGAGGUGAAGUGGAACCUGAACGGUAACUGGCUGCUGACAGCGUCCCGUGAUCACCUGUGUAAGCUUUUUGACAUCCGCAACCUCAAGGAGGAGCUGCACGUCUUCCGGGGUCACAAGAAGGAAGCCACAGCUGUUGCGUGGCACCCUGUCCAUGAGGGUCUGUUCGCCAGCGGAGGCUCAGACGGAUCCCUCCUCUUCUGGAACGUAGGGGUGGAGAAGGAGGUAGGUGGUAUGGAGAUGGCCCAUGAGGGCAUGAUCUGGAGCCUGGCAUGGCACCCUCUGGGGCACAUCCUCUGCUCAGGAUCCAACGACCACACCAGUAAAUUCUGGACCAGGAAUCGGCCAGGGGACAAGAUGAGGGACAGAUACAAUCUGAACUUGUUACCGGGGAUGUCAGAGGAUGGAGUGGAAUAUGAUGACAUGGAGCCGAACAGCUUAUCCUCCAUUCCUGGCAUGGGGAUCCCCGACCAGCUCAAAGCUGCCAUAGAACAAGAGGCAAGCGGUAAAGAGAGCGCAACUGAGGAGGAGAUGAGCAUCCCUGGUCUGGACUGGGGGAUUGAAGACAUCUUACAGAAAGACUUGAAGAAAGUACCACAGAAGAAGGUCCCCUACGCCAAACCAAUCCCUGCCCAGUUCCAACAGGCCUGGGCAGAUAAUAAGGUGCCCCUAGUGCCCCCUGGAGGAGAGAAGAAGGAAAGGAUGGAUGAGAAGACAAUGGACGGGAAGACCAAUACCAACCCUAUGAUGCUAGAGCAAAUGAAGAUGGACCGUAUGAAUCAGAUGGAUGGGAACAUGCCUCCCCCUGGAGGCCCACAGGGACCCAUGCCACCUUUCUCUGGCCAAGGAGGACCCAUGGCCCCACCACCUCAGGGCUUCGCCCAGUCUAUGCCCCCUCAGCAGAUGCCUCACAACAUGGGUCCUCCCAUGGGCCCUGGCAACAUGCAUACACCAUUUAUGCCCCCUGGCCAAAUGGGUCCCCCUCCGGGCUCCCAGCACCACCAGGGGCCUCCUCAGGGCAUGAUGGGUCCCCCGGACCUGCAUGGACCCCAGGGCAUGCAGAGGCAUCCGGGACCACACAGAAACAUGGGUCCCCAGGGACCUCACAGCAUGCCUCCCGGACCUAGAGGGAUGCCGGGACCGCCACCAGGAGGUAUGAUGGGGCCCCCUCCUCGCGGCCAGGGGCCUCCACCUCAGGGGGGCAUGAUGGGCCCACAGGGACCCAUGCAGGGUGGGUUGGGUAUGGGGCCUCCCAUGCAGAACCCUCCCAGGACACAUGGCAACAUGGGGGGCAUGCACGGCAUGGGCAACAUGCAGGGGCCUCCUCCAGGUGGGAUGCAUGGACCACCACCGGGUAACAUGCAGGGUCCUCCCAACAACAUGCAGGGUCCUCCCAACAACAUGCAGGCCCCCCCCGGCAACAUGCAGGCCCCCCCCGGCAACAUGCAGGGCCCCCCUGGUAAUAUGCAGGGCCCCCCGUCGUACAUGCAGCACCAGGCUGGCCAAAACUCUGGACCAAUGAUGCAUGGCAUGGGACAGCAAGGACCCAAUGGCAAAGGAGAUACCAGAGGGCCUCCCAACCACCACAUGGGACCUUUGCCCGGGGGCCAGGGGCAGGGCGGACCCGGGGGACAGGGCUCUAGUUCUUACUGGGGAGACUCCCAGCAGGUGCGCCGUGGACCUUCAGACUUCAAUGAGGGGGGCCAGGACUUCCACGGACGAGGAGAGGAGAGCUGGAGGCGGGGAUCCGGUCAGGAAUACCAGGGAGGCCCCAGAGGAGGAGGGGUAGGGCCAGGAGGAGGGGGGAACGGGGGAAACUGGGGCCCAUCUGAGGAAAGAUUUCCCCGGGAUGGUGGAGAGUUCAGAGGCCGCAGGGACGACAGGUUUGGUGGUUAUGUUGGUCCAGGAGAAGAGUUUGACCAGAGGCAGAGAGACAGACGCCCUCCACCAAGGCUUGGCCAGGACUCAGACGACACGUACAGAGGGGGUGGACAGGGUCGCCCUGGGGGGAGGGGCUUCCCUGAUGAAUUUGGUGGGCAGGAGGAGAACUUUGACGUCUCAAACGAGAUGGGCGGAGGAUGGGACAACGGAGGGAGGGGCAGACCUCCCCGAGGAGGUGGGCCUCCCAGAGGAGGAGGAGGAGGAGGAGGUGGUGGAGGUGGACGACAGGGCUUGCUCCCCAUCCCCGAUGAGUUCCCCCCACACUAUGAGGGAGGCAGAAGUCAGGAGUCCUGGGAGGGCGGGCGAGAUCAAGGUCACGAAGCUUACCGAGAGGGCCAGCGCUCCGAGCACGGCCCACCACAUGACAGCCCGUCCCCUGCUAGCCGGGAGCGCUCCUCCUCACUCCAGGGCAUGGACAUGGCCUCACUACCCCCCCGGAAACGGCCUUGGCAUGACGGACCGGGCACCGGAGAGCCCCCGGGACCUGGGUCAGAUGACCGGUCUGGAGGCCGACUGCCCCCGAGAGAGGAAGGAGGAGGCUACGGCCCCCCACCCCGUGGCGGAAGAGGAGGCUGGAGGGGGGCGCCCCGUGGGGCCCCCAGAGGAGUAGGGCGUGGCCGGUAGGACUGGAUUAAGAACUCACCACCAGCCCCACACUGUCACCCCCACCCCCCCAAUUCCCCCUUCCUCAUACCUCCUGGCCUGACAGGGCAACAAGGACAGGAACCAAUAACAGAGACACACCCCCAAAGCCAUCUGCUCCUGCCCUCCAGGACCAGCAGGUUAGCUGUGGGCUCAGACUACACCUCUUCAGACCUGUUUGGACAGCUGGAAGAGGGCUUUUUUACUGUGUGUAUCGGGCUUCUGUGGAAACGGAAAGGUCUCUGUCGGUAGCCAUAUGUCUCUCAAUACGAGAUGGACGAGUGGAUAUCUUUACAUUUGGAUUCUUUUGACACUGAUUGGGUGCUGCGGGUGUUCUGGUGGCCCGAUGGAUCCCAUGCAGAGAUUGACGAGCUGAAGCAGUUCCUAACUGGCCACAUAGAUGAACGUUUUCUGGCAGAGUGGUUUGAACUCACAAGAAGCCUGGGGUUUAUUCAAGAGGGCUACUUUUGAAUGUUUCAGACAGGCAUUGAUGGAUUGGUUGUUUGGCAUUAAAAAUAAUAUUCUGUCCUACUAGACAUAUAUAAUGCCGCACCCUGCUGAAUAAACCCCCUAGACACUUGAUUUCAUAAUGUGAACGGCCUAUAGUUUCUCUCUGACAUGCACUGUAAUCACACGAGAGAGUCCAGGGUCUCACACAGUUGGUCAAAACAUCAAGAUGUACAAGUGGAAAUGCACAGACCAGGCACCUCUUCUCUUUGAGAAUGGACAACCAUGUACAUAAGGACAUUUCUGUAUGAAAGUUUUCUGACAGCAGUGGCCCCACAUGGAAUACACCCCUGUUUAAAGAUUUCUUAUUCCAAGUGAGGAUUUGGUCCUGGACUCUAGGGCACCAUAUUCCCCAUAUACUGCAAUACUUUUGAUAAUGGCCCCUAGUGGUAUUGUUGAAAGUAGGGGACUAUAUAGGGAGAUGAGAUGUAAUUUGUGAGGCUCGAAUUUCUGUUUGUCACUGGUGGUUAAUAAGCAGGUUAUUGAAUGUCAUUCCCCUGUGACCUCAGCUCCAUUUAUUUAAGUUCAUUUUUUGGUGUCUAAUAAUGGAGAACAGAGGCAUCACUGCCUCACCAAUCCCGACGGCCUUCCUCUCUUUCUAAAUGUACAGUUUGUCAUGAGAUUGUCAUUGUUUUUGUCCAUUUUUUGUAUGAGACUAAUAGAAAUUUGUGCAAAAUUUCA